AUGUUCUUUCUUUUCCCCCUCCCUCUUCUUUUCUCUUUUCUUCCUCUUUUUUUUCUAUCUACUUUUUCUUCCACCUCCUUUUAUUUCGUCUUCUUUUCUCCUCCUUCUUCCUUUAUUUAUCCUUGUUCUCCAUUUCUCUGUCUUCUUCUUCUUCUUCUUCUUCUUCUUCUUCUUCCUCCUCCUUUUAUCGACCUCUUAAAAGCGAAUCUGCAGAAACAGCUCAAGAAGAAGCCACUUGCAUUCAAACGAAAAGCCGUAUUUAUGCAAGUCGAUGUUCCAUCUAUCUAUCUAUCUAUCUAUCUAUCUAUCUAUCUAUCUAUCUAUCUAUCUGUGGAGUUGCAACCAGGCACUGCAACCAGAAUCUAUUAUUAUAUCUAUCUAUCUAUCUAUCUAUCUAUCUAUCUAUCUCUCUCUCUAACUCCACGAGAUCUAACCAACAAUUUCUUCUUCUUCUUCUUCUUCUUCUUCUUCUUCUUCUUCUUCUUGCACGCCGUUAUUAACACACAGAAAUUUUCUGUUGAUGGUGGACGAUAUGGCAAUGGGAAGGGUCGGGCCGGGUCCCCACCCACCCAUUGA